AUGGGCAUUGCAAAGCCACCAGCCCUAGCUCGGAAAUGUGGCAGCUCUGGGUGGGGAUUGCAGCCGAACAAUGGUGCAAGUGUGCUGGCGGCCGAGGUGGUGAAGUUCUUCUUCCCCGCCAUGGUGCAGCUGCACAGCUAUGUGCCCGCCAGCUCCACACCACAGAAACUUGCCAACUGGGGCCAUCUCAACAGGAAAGUGCUGAGUAAGCUGAACUUCUCCAUCCCAGAAGAUGUGAUCCGGCAGGUUGUGCAGUGCCGGCCGGGCAUGGUGGAGCAGGUGCUCCUCCUGCUGCGGCAGAAGAUCGAGGAGAAGCAGAAGCAGAGCAAGGUGGUGCCUGGCCCAGGCCAGGAGCCGGGCGUACGGGCAGCGCUGGAAGAGGUCAACUACCUGGAGACAGGCUACUCAAAGGCGAAGGGUGGCGUGGGAGGAGGCUGUGCCCAGGAGUCUCCCAGGGCUGCAGGGGUGAUGAAGAGCACCCACAACUGUGCCCAGGCUCCCCGGGGGGACGCUGCUGUCCACUCGCAGCUGUCAGAGAAGGAGCAGGCCCUGCUCCUGGCACAGGAGACCAUCCAGAUCCUGCAGCUGAAGGUGGGGAGACUGGAGCAGCUGCUGCACCUCAAGAACGUGCGGAUAGACGACCUCAGCCGGCGCCUGCAGGAAGCCCAGUGCCAGCAGCGGUGA